UCAUCAUCAUCACUGCUUGAAGGCUUUUCUGAUGGUAGUAAGCGAGGAGAAGUAGAAGAAGAACGCGCAGCUCGAGGCUCAACCACGGACCGCUGCUGCACCCGAGGACAUUCCUAAUUGACGGCUACUGUCCGAGUACUUCUCCGACGAUCACGGCAAGACGCAAGCGGCAUCUUCACUGUGAGGUGCAACACUCUUCCCAGCUACGGGAGUCGGGGACAAUCAGUGACGGCCAAGACCAGCAGCCAUGAUAGAGCAGAUCGCAAGUCCGGAAGACGUCUCGUUGACGGACUUUGCGCGGCACGGGCUGCCCGACCGCUACAAGACCAUCGGUUUCUAUGUGCGCGCCUUCGCCAUGUACGUCAUCCCGGUCUGUCUGACGCCGCUGCUGUGGCAGCGCUCGGCCGAAAGCCACUGCGCUUUCAUCGUCCUCUACGUCCUAUUGCUCUGGCUCUUCCAGUCUAUCCCACCAGCCAUCGUAUCGUUCCUACCAAUAAUUUUGGCGCCAGCGUUUCUCAAUUACUCAAGUUCUGAGCUUCUGACGUACUACACAUCCGAAACGAUGCUGCUGUAUAUCGGGUACGCUCUCGUCGUCCACGGUGUUGAAGCGACCAAUCUGCACAAGCGAGUCAUACUGACGUCCCUGCUGGUGUUCGGCGGAAAGUCGGGCUUCAUCAUUGGCGGCUUCGUCAUCACCACCAUACUUGUCUCGAUGUGGACGAACGCCGUGCGCACCGCCUCCAUCGUGCUGCCCAUCGCCAUGGAAGCGCUGCAGCACAUCCAGGACAACCGCUUGUUCCACGUGCUCGAGCUGCGGAUGCGCUACGUCCGCCGUACCGCGGGCAUCGGUACACCCAUCAUGGAGGCGCGCUAUCUGAUCGAAGGCGGCGUCGUCAUGCCGGAGGUGAUACGCAUCCUGAGUGAGUUCUUCACCGUCAAGAAGGGCCUGCUCAUCGGCAUCUCGUACUCUGCCGUGCUGGGAAGCAUGGGCUCCGUUGUCGGCUGUGGCGGCAAUCUGUUUGUCAAGGCCUUCCUGGAGCAGAUGUACAACUACCGCCGCAUCACCAUCUACCAGUGGGUUCAGUGCCAUCUGCCCCUGACCGUGCUCUGCUCGUUCACGCUGUGGUUCGUGCUUUCCGUGUGCUACGCGAGCGACGUGGUUUCGAGCGACCACAUCUCCAAGCGGGCCUUCGAGGACAUCAUCUACCGGCACUUCGCCGAGCUGGGAGCCGUCAGCUUCACCGAGGUGGCGACCAUCAUCACCUUCCUCUGCAUGGCCGCGGCUAUCGUCGGCUCGCACUACUACGCGGAAGCGUUCGACAUCGAAGCCGCAGAGUCCACCUUCAGCGAGACGGCUUGCGUCUUCUUCUCGGCCUUCGUGCUUCACGCGCUGCCGAGCAUCUACAAUUACCGACGCGGCCGGUCGCGACGCCGUUUCCGCGGCCAAACGGCACACGACGCCGUCAAGAAGAUCUCAUGGGCCUUCGUCAUCACCAUGGGUGCGGGUGUGUGCGUGGCCAAGCUCAUCGUACACUACAACCUGCAACAGUUCUUCGACUGGGUGCUGCCGCACCACUUGAUCACGUCGGCCUUCUACCUGCAGCUUCUGGUCGCGUUCUUCGCCCUAGUGCUGGCUGAGAUCAACAACUCGCUCAACAACAUCGUGAUCUUCGCGCCACUCAUCUGCCAUAUUUCGGACGCGCUCAAGGUGCACCCGUUGUACCUGCUCAUGCCGUUCACCUUCUGCUGCUAUUUCGGCUUCGUGGCGUCUACUGCGACGCCCGUCACCGAGUACGUCACCGACUACGGGGACUUGCUCGAGGUCGAGUUCAUACUGCCCGGCAUCGCCAUGAAGGUCGGCUGCGGGCUCAUCGUGCUGCUCGCGUACAACACAUGGUGCUGGGACUACCUCUAUCUGAAGGAGGCCAUCGCGCCGCUUACCAAGCGGAACCAGACGGCCCCAGACGCCUAGGUCCGACGAGCCACAACCAUGCCCGCUCAAGACCUUUGCAGGGCUCGUCUUCUCUGUUCUCGAGCUUCCUGCGUGUAUUUGCAAACAUUUUUGUGUACGUGUGUUUGGGACGGAUUACACACUGCACAUAGUAUACGCUGCGUUUAUUUUCUUUGUUUUCGCUGUUUCUGCAGUCGUAACGGUUGCCCGCCGCCCGAACGGUGUUACUGCGCAUUGCAUGCGCCGGCUCCAUGUGUGUUUUUCUUUGGCACGAAGCUCCUGCAUGGGAUACGGCCUGCAGCAAUUUUGUUUGUUUUAGGAUUGUGGCCCACGUUACGUCCAGGUCACCUUCCGUUGCAUAGUGGGCCCAUUUCGAUCGGUGGCACGCUUCUAUAGACGGAAUAUGCGAUAAAUUCACUGCCAAGAAUUUGGAGUUGGAUCGCGUCUUUUACUCCCGUGGCUAAACCAACGUUCCAAUAUUGUUAGCAAAAACGUUGGCUGUUUACGUAAGGGCUUUUACGCGUGUAUGUGGUGAGUGCCUAGGUGAACUACAGCUUUUUUGUAAGGUACUGAACAAACUGAUAUGGCAAAAAGAGUGCGAUUUUCGAUGUGCUUUCGGGAUGGCGUUACAAACGCGCAAGGAUCAAGAAAUGCGCCUAGCUUCCCUUCUCUUAAGUGUGUGUUAAUGCAGUGGAUAAAAAGAAGAUCCCUUGUGACAACGUGCAGGAUGCCUCCCUUUGCUGUACAUAUACGCACACCGUCCUAGAGAAGGAGAAAAUAUCUUUAUUCAGAAUAAGGAACGAACGCAAGUCGGCUGGUCUUCUUACUUGCGCGUGGUAGGGGCCCUCAGUCCAGGGCUGCUGCGACUUUCGCUGUCUGCUAGUGCCCGCCCCAUCAGCUCAUGCUGGUCCGGUGGGUCCGACCUGAACUAACAGCAUGGCUUCCCGCUUACCGAUAGGGCUCAUGGGUUAGAGUGUCGGGACAGUCCCACGUUGUGCGGUAGAGCGAGGCGUAACCGCCACAUUGAGGACAUUUGUACGAGUACAAGGCGGGGUGCAGGGCGUGACGUAGUCUGAGGUCUGGAUAUACAUUUGAAGGUGAAACAGUUUCUUUCCUCGAGAGGAAACCUUACUUUUACCUGGGUGAGUGUUUAUUUUGUUUGCAACGUUCCAAUAGGAAUAAAGACUGAAAGACGCGCCCGCGGUCCGUAGUCGUGUUCCUUUUCGUGUUUGUCUUUAUAGCUAUUACAACGCAUGCUGGAAGCUACAGAACAUAACUCCUUACCGGCAGCAAGGGUGUGUGCAUGGCGAGACGCGGUAACUGGUGGUGUCUGCCGCAGGUGAGCUUUCGGGUGUCCGUAAAGAGGCGAGAACGUUGCUACACAGCCGAUUAGGAACCUGGCAGUCGUGCAUGCUGCCGUUACGCGCUGUCCACGACCUCACUGUCGGCGAUGAACAAAAGAACGUAAACAUCUAUAUUUAUAUUUGCAAUUGCAGUACUAAAUAUCGAAUACGGUGUUAAAUAAACAGCAAAUAUAUUACAUAUUCAGCAACGUAUAGUCCCACAAUUCAAGGAACCAUCAAGCCUAGUUUUCGGUCGUUGCCGGAGCAGCUUUCGCGGCACGAAUCAGGGGCAACUCCUUAAGAUAUAAUUAUGUGCUGUGUGGUAGCGUGAUGUUCGUGCUGAUUCGGGCAAAAAAAAUUGUGGAAGAAGCCAUCGGUGAUUGUCAAAGUCGGCGAUAUCCUUUAUAGCCUGCUGCAUAUCCCAAUGACAUCCGUGAAUCAUUAAACCCUAUGAGCACAUCCGCAGAAGCACGAAGUGCCAAUGCCGCUGCUAACGAUAAUGCUCAAUGAUACG